CCAGCACGCCCCUCCUCCAACCCGCUCCCACCCGACCGGGCGCCAUCGAGAGACUGCGGAGGGAUAGCACGAGAUAGCGCAAGCAGACAUCAGCGAAAAUGGUGUACGUACGGCAGGAAUACCUGCCCAACCUACGGCAGUACAAGUAUUCGGGUGUCGACCACUCGCUCCUGUCGCGCUACGUGCUGAAGCCCUUCUACACCAAUGUCGUCAUCAAGUGCUUCCCGAUGAGCAUGGCGCCAAACCUCAUCACGCUCACGGGGUUCAUGUUUGUCAUCGCCAACUUCCUAACGUUGCUGUGGUACAACCCGACCUUGGAUCAGGAUUGUCCCACAUGGGUCUACUACAGCUGGGCGGCCGGGCUGUUCCUGUACCAGACCUUUGACGCCGUGGACGGGACACAAGCUCGGCGAACCCACCAGUCCGGUCCGCUCGGCGAGCUCUUCGACCACGGCGUCGACGCCCUCAACACCUGCCUCGAGGUGCUCCUCUUCGCCGGCGCGACCAACAUGGGCCAGAGCUGGAAGACGGUGGCGUCGCUCUUCGCCAGCCUGCUGACCUUCUACAUCCAGACAUGGGACGAGUACCACACCAAGACGCUCACGCUGGGCAUCAUCAACGGGCCCGUCGAGGGCAUCCUCACCGUCGUCGUCGUCUACCUCCUGACGGGCUUCCUGGGCGGCGCCUCCUUCUGGAACCAGGGCAUGCUCGCGACGGUCGGCGUGCCGCAGGCACUCGGCGGUGCCACCACCAUCCCCGCCUGCGUCUACAACCUCUCCUUCACCGAGUGGUACAUGGUGCAGGGCACGGUGGUGCUGGUGUACAACACGGUGGAGUCGGCGCGCAACGUGAUCCGGGCGCGGCGGGCGCGGGGCGACCGAUCGCGGUACGCGCUGGUCGGGCUGGGGCCCUUCUUCGCCGCGUGGGCCUUCAUCGCCGCCUACCUGUACCUGCAGCCGACCAUCCUGCACGGCCACCUGGUCCCCUUCGCCGUCUUCGCCGGCCUGGUCAACGCCUACUCGGUGGGGCAGAUGAUCACGGCCCACCUGGUCAAGCUGCCGUUCCCCUACUGGAACGUCAUGGUGAUCCCGCUGUCGUGCGGCGUCAUCGACUCGCUGGGCCCCCUGCUGCUGCAGCACAGCCCCGUGCCCGGCCUGGGCUGGCCGUCGGCGCUGGGCGACGGCGUGUACCAGGUCGCCUUCAUGUUCUGUAUGCUGGGCAUGGCGGUCGGCGUGUACGGCAGCUUCGUGGUGGACGUCAUUGUGACCAUCUGUGACUAUCUGGAUAUCUGGUGCCUGACUAUCAAGCACCCGUGGGUGGAGGAGAGCCAGGACGGGGGCGCGGAUAAGAAGAGGCAAUGAGGGGGUAGUCAGUCGCAGACACUUAUGACACUACUACUACUAUUUGCCGGUACCUGGGACGAGAGCAGAACUAUGUUUUGUAUCAUGACUGUCGACGACGAUAAGAAGCUGCCUGUAAGGCUAGCUGUAAUGCACGCAAGAGAGAGGUGGGGAGCCGAGCAGCGGGGGCCGGGACUGUGAAGAUGACUCGGGCGUUGAACGGUGCGCACGGCGGUUUUGGAAUUAGCAUGGCAGGCGCGACGGCAUAGAGCGAGAAAGGGUCUUCUUCAGCAAGAGGGGUAGAGACGGACGGCGUUUUUGGGUUCACGUCGCUCUCCUUGCCUAAUCCUAUAGACGCCGACAAACCAGCACCUAGCUUGUCAAAUAUAUAGAUAAUGAUGAAAUGAGAAUCACGGACAGCGACGCUCUGGUAUAUGGUGUGUGUUUGGUUGAAGGGGCUAACUGGACACUGCUAUAA